AUGAAAAAAAUAUACCAUCCCAUUCUGGUAUUAACCGGUAAUUCAAUUAAAAUUAAAAUUUAUUCUCGAAUUUAUUUUUUAAGUUCUUCGUUUGGUUAUUCCGAAGAUGAUCCAUUCAUUAAAGAUUUGACUGAAAAACUUAGGGAAGAAAAUAAAAGAUUAAAAGAAAAAGCUGCUAAUAGAGGAAGUUCAAGUUCUUCUUAUGGAAAUAAUACUGACGAUAACAAUGAUAAUUUAAAAUUUGAAAAUCUCUCGAUAACACAAAAUAAAGUCCCAAAACCCAAAAGAAAAGGAAAUAAAAACUCUAAAAUUGGAAAUGUUAGCCCAAGUUCUCAAGGAAGUUCUAACGACAAUGAAAGUAGCUAUUUAAAUUAUUUAAUUCAAAUAUAA